UUGACUUUGACACUCAAACAAUUUUUUGUGAAAAGUAAUUUCGUAAUUCCAUAAAUUUCUUUAAAAAAUGUAAAUGUUAUUUCACAGUGAAAACACAAAAAAAUGAAAUAAUGUUUAUUAAUAUAGUAUAAUGACGGACUGCUCUAUCUAGAUGUAUUCGGAUUAUUCGUUUCAAUCAUGAAACUUAUACAAGUUUGUUUAUUUAUCUUGACGUGCUUUUAUCAAACACAUGCAGAUGGUUAUUGUAAUUUAUACCAUGGUAAAAUAUGUAAAAAUUAUGUAGAGCACACGAAAUUAAUUUGGUACAACAAUUCUGGCGGAUAUGAAAAUGAACAAAUUACAACUGCUUUAUGGGAUGAAAUGAUGUCCACAUUUGAAGAACCAUGUCGUAGUGCUGCUGAAAAGAUGCUAUGUGUUUAUGCUUUUCCAGAAUGUAAUGAUUCAGCUCCUUUACCUUUGUGUUAUGAGGAUUGUAUAGCAUUAAAAUUACUGUUUUGUUAUAAAGAAUGGGCUGUGCUAGAGGAUAAAAAAGCUAAUGGAGUAUAUGUUAAGUCAAGAGGUCAUUUUCGUUUGCCAGACUGCAGUGUUCUACCUAAAUACAGAGAAGCACCAAAGUCAGCAUCGGUAUGUUCAUAUGCAGGUUUAACUGAUAUGAAAACAUCUGAAGUUACGUAUGAUUGCAUCAAAGGAAAGGGACGCUAUUACCAAGGUAAAGUUAAUGUUACCAAAGAUGGGAUACCAUGUCAAAGGUGGGAUUCACAAGAACCACAAGCUCAUAAUUCACCACCAGAUGUUUUUAUGGAGCUUCAAAAUGCUGAAAACUAUUGUAGGAAUGCUGGUGCAGAAGAGAAAAGACCCUGGUGUUUUACUACAAAUCCUGCUAUAAGAUGGCAACAUUGUGAUAUUCCUAGAUGUUUAAACUCUACUAAUGAUGAAGGUGAAUUACCAGGAAUUAAAAUGGAGGAGUACUUUUCUCCGACAUUUUUAAUAAUAACUUCAUGUUUGGGCCUCCUCAUAAUAAUAAUUUGUCUCUUACUGAUAUUGUUAUGUCAUAGAUUAUACAAACGCAGAAUAUUGGGUUAUAAUGCACCUGCUAAUGCGGAAGUUAAUAUUGAUUUAGAUAAACUGCCAAGUAAUAUGCAAUAUCAUCGACAUGGUGCGCCUUUGAAUCCCAAAUUAGAAAAACUGGAAUAUCCUAGAAAUGAUAUAAUUUAUCUAAGAGACUUGGGCCAAGGAGCUUUUGGAAGUGUCUUUCAAGCCAAAGCUCCAGGCUUGGUUGCUGGUGAAGAUUUUACUAUUGUAGCUGUAAAGAUGUUAAAAGAUGAUGCUUCUGAUGAUAUGCAAGAAGAUUUUGAAAAGGAAGCCUGUCUGUUAGCAGAAUUUGAUCAUCCAAAUAUAGUGAGAUUACUAGGUGUGUGCGCAGUUGGAAGACCUAUGUGUUUACUGUUUGAAUACAUGGGAAAGGGAGAUUUAAAUGAAUUUCUUCGACAGUGUUCUCCAACAAAUUAUGUAGUAAGAAGUGCCAUUAGUGGAGAAUUUACCAACAAAGAAAUUUAUAGAGAUUUUCAAUUAACACAUCUUGAUCAAGUAAAUAUUGCUGUUCAAAUAGCUUCAGGAAUGGUCUAUCUAUCAGAUCGCAAGUUUGUUCAUCGAGAUCUUGCAACUAGAAAUUGCCUUAUAAAUGAUGAUAUGGUAGUAAAAAUUGCAGAUUUUGGAUUGUCACAGAAAAUUUAUCUUCAAGAUUAUUAUAAAGGUACUGAUAGAGAUGCUAUACCAGUAAGGUGGAUGCCUUUGGAGAGCAUUCUCUAUAACAAAUAUACUUCAGAAACUGAUGUGUGGGCGUUUGGAGUUUGUUUAUGGGAGAUAUUUUCUUUUGCUUUACAACCUUAUUAUGGAAAAACUCAUGAGGAAGUUAUCAAAUUUUUAAAAGAUGGCAAUAUCAUGUCACCUCCUGAAAGUACACCUGCUGAUGUCUAUGAACUUAUGAAGAUGUGUUGGGCCCAAAAACCUGUUGAUCGACCAUGUUUUAGAGUUAUUUAUGAUAAACUACUAGAUAUUCAUGAAAAUAUGCUGUCUAUGCCUUUAGUAUAAGCUCUGUGUCUUGUAAUCUAUUGAUGUUUUGAUUAACUAUUAAUAUUUCAUAUUCUCAUUAAUAAUUUGCACAUGUACUGGCACAACUAUGUCAAACUUGUCUUAUAUAUUGUCAGUCAGUUUAUGCUCUUAGUAUUAAUGUAGAAAUACUGUAUGAUAAACAAACAGUAUCAAGUUAACUUAAAAAUGCUUAUCUAUGACUUAAGUCAGUAUAUCUAGGGUAACUUGACAUUGUUUUUUUUUGAUCAUGGUGUAUCCAAAUUAUUUGGAAUCUCUGAUAAUAUAGUAUUUUAUCACAAAAAUAAUAUGUAAUAAUCACAAUAAUUUUAGAAGCUUUUAAACAUGAAAACAAGAACCUAUUUAGCUCAAAUUAUUUUUUGGUGCCAAAGUUAACUAGACAAGAUCUCAUUUUAUUAAAAAGAACAUUUUUGAAUAGUUUUAUUUAGAGAGAAGAAAAGGUAAUUUUAUAAAUCUAAGUAUAUUUUAUUAUAUAAAGAUAACACAUUGCUAAUAUGAUAAAAGAAGAAAUUAGGUGAUUAUUUUUGUAUAGUUAGAUAAAUGUAGAUGUACAUUAUAUUUUGUUUGACAUGUAAUGCGAUUGUAAGGCAAGGUAAAAGUUUUAUUGUUACAUGUAAGUAUGUCUGGGUAUAUUUGUUAAGAAAUGUUAUAACUUUGUAAAUAUUUUCCACUCCACUUUUAAAUUAUUUUAAGUUUUUUUUUGUAAUUCAUUGCUCUAUUUAAAUAAUUUCACAUUUUCGGAGGUUUUGUUAAUAUUCUCCUUUACUACUAUUUUAGAUAUUAGUUAAAAUGAAGACUUAGUUCCUUAUAUUGUAUUAGUUUUAAAUUAUACACGUAAACCAAAAAUUAAGUGUAGGAUACGUAAGCAUGAUUAAUAAUAAUUGUAAGUAUCGGUUUUAUAUGUUUUAUAAAUGUCUUUAAUAUAUACACUUGAUUUUGUAUAG